CGUCAAAUUCAAAAUGGCGGACAAUGUGGAAAUUCAGGAGUCAGCUGAGUCAAAAGUUUGUAAAGAAGUUAGGAAUAUUGACGGAAUUCCUACUUUGAUAUCAUAUGCAUGUGUGGAAAGUUUUGACCUUAAAAAAUGCACUAAGGCUGUUGUUGUUAUUCCUGGUAAUCCUGGUCUCGUUCGCUUUUAUGACUGUUUUAUAGCUAGUUUAUUCAAAGCAUGUGAACGACGAUAUCCUGUAUUUGGCAUCCAGCAUGCAGGACAUGGCAUAUUAAAGGAAACAUCAAGUUUUCCCAACAAAUCUCCCUUUUCUCUCUCCCAACAAAUAAAUCAUAAAAUUGCAUUCCUGGAAAAUAUUUUCUCGCCCUCUUGUAAGUUCGUACUUAUUGGACAUUCAAUUGGUGCAUAUAUCAUUCUAAAAAUUCUUGAACAUUUUGGCAAACAUCAGACAAGAUGUACAAAGGGCAUAUUACUCUUUCCAACCAUUGAGAGGAUGGCCAGCUCUCCAAACGGUAUAUUUGCUACUCCUGUAUCAAAGUAUUUUUCAUGGCCAUUGGUUUUACUCACUUGGUGGUUGUCAUGGUUGCCUCUUUUUAUAAAAAGAUAUUUGAUUGAUGUGUGGUUCAAUGGCAGGAAAGUUCACAGCAGUUGUAAGGAAGCUGUCAUUGAGUUGGUUAAUUCUUCCUGUGUAAGAAAUGUGUUGUUCAUGGCUGCAGAUGAGAUGGAAGAGGUUAAUAGGACUCCAGUGGAGCUAAUAUCAGACCAUAUUGACCAAUUGAUUUUCUAUUAUGGUGCCAGAGAUCAAUGGGUGCCAAGGUCCUACUAUAAUGAAAUGUGCAAAGGUUUCCUAAGGCACAAAUCUAUCUUUGCCAGAAUAGGAUGAGGCAUGCCUUUGUUUUGGAAUCACAUGAAGUAAUGGCACAAAUUGCUGCUGCAUGGAUAGACUGACUUUGAAUAUGUAUACAUAUUACCUUCUGGUAAAGAUUUGCCUUUGAGACAUCGCAAUGAACAUUAAAAUGUAUGCAGAUUUAGUUCUUUAAGUUAUCGCAGUAAGUAAUUUGGUAUGAAAAUUUUUUCUUGGAGCAUUUUUUAUUGCAAAUGGGGAGUGUUUUAAUUUUGUUUUAAAAUUUUCAAGGGAACAAAAAAAUUCAAUGAAAUGAGUAAGGCAGACCUUAACAUGAGUAGGAUAGAUGAAGGACAUUGUACGUGUAUUGUAUGUAUGAGUAACGGAAAAACUAUAAGAUGAAAUUCUGUAUUUGAGUGGUGCAUUGGAAGGAUUAUAAUUGCUAUAUAUAUUGUCUAUAGAAAAA